CCCGCGCUGGUGGCACGGGGGGGCGGCGGCGCUAGCGGCGGCUCCUCCGCGUCCUGCUGCCCCGGGAAAGCGCUGCCUGCCGGCGGGCGAAGGCCAAGAUGGAUCCCAACAGGAUCAUCCAGGCGCUGAAGGGCACCAUAGACCCCAAGCUGCGCGUCGCCGCCGAGAACGAGCUCAACCAGUCCUAUAAAAUCAUCAACUUUGCUCCAAGUCUGCUGCAAAUCAUAGUGUCCGAUCAGGUUGAAUUUCCAGUGCGUCAAGCAGCUGCCAUUUACCUGAAGAACAUGGUGACCCAGUACUGGCCGGACCGUGAGCCGCCCCCUGGAGAAGCGGUUUUCCCGUUUAACAUCCAUGAGAACGAUCGGCAGCAGAUUCGGGAUAACAUUGUAGAGGGAAUCAUUCGUUCUCCUGACUUAGUGAGAGCCCAGCUGACAAUGUGCCUCCGUGCUAUCAUUAAACAUGACUUCCCUGGCCAUUGGACAGCUGUGGUAGACAAGAUAGGAUACUACCUGCAGUCUCCAAACAGUGGCAGCUGGCUUGGGAGCCUCCUGUGCCUCUAUCAGCUGGUGAAGACUUAUGAGUACAAAAAGGCAGAGGAACGAGAUCCCCUCAUAGCAGCCAUGCAAAUAUUUUUGCCUCGGAUUCAGCAACAGAUGAUCCAGCUUCUGCCUGAUAACUCCCAUUACUCUGUACUGCUUCAGAAACAAAUCUUAAAAAUCUUCUAUGCUCUUGUUCAGUAUGCAUUGCCCCUCCAGUUGGUGAAUAACCAGACUAUGACUCAGUGGAUGGAGAUCUUGCGGACCAUCAUUGAUAGAAAUGUACCACUGGAGACUUUGCAAAUUGAUGAAGAUGAUAGACCAGAGCUGGUGUGGUGGAAAUGCAAGAAGUGGGCAUUGCAUAUUGUAGCUCGUCUCUUUGAAAGAUAUGGAAGUCCUGGAAAUGUAACUAAAGAAUACUUUGAAUUCUCAGACUUCUUUUUAAAAACCUAUGCUGUGGGCAUACAACAGGUUCUCUUAAGAAUCUUAGACCAGUACAGGCAAAAAGACUAUGUUGCACCACGUGUUCUUCAGCAAACAUUGAAUUAUCUGAACCAAGGGGUGAUUCACUCUAUCACAUGGAAGCAAAUGAAGCCACACAUACAGACCAUAACAGAAGAGGUGAUAUUCUCUCUAAUGUGCUACAAAGAUGAGGAUGAGGAGCUCUGGCAAGAGGAUCCAUAUGAGUACAUCCGCAUGAAAUUUGAUGUAUUUGAAGACUAUGCAUCCACAACAACAGCAGCGCAGAAUCUCCUUUACACUGCUGCAAAGAAGAGAAAAGAGGUAUUACCAAAAAUGAUGGCAUAUUGCUACCAGAUUCUGACAGAGCCAAACAUUGAUCCUAGGAAAAAAGAUGGAGCUUUGCAUGUUAUAGGAUCCCUAGCAGAUAUUUUGCUGAAGAAGAGUGUCUUCAAGGAUCAAAUGGAGCUGAUGCUACAGAAUCACGUGUUUCCCUUGUUCAUGUCCAACCUGGGAUACCUCAGAGCUCGAUCCUGUUGGGUACUUCAUUCAUUCAGUGCUUUGAAAUUUCACAAUGAGCUGAACUUGAGGAAUGCAGUAGAGCUGACAAAGAAGAGCCUGAUUGAUGAUAAGGAGAUGCCUGUCAAAGUAGAAGCAGCCAUAGCCCUUCAGACCUUAAUAAGCAACCAAGAGCAAGCCAAGGAAUACGUGAAGCCUUAUGUAAGGCCAGUGAUGCAUGAGCUCCUGCACAUUGUCAGGGAGACAGAGAACGAUGAUCUCACGAAUGUAAUCCAGAAGAUGAUCUAUGAGUACAGCCAGGAAGUCGCCACUAUCGCUGUGGACAUGACCCAGCACCUGGCUGAAAUAUUUGGUAAAGUACUUCAGAGCGAGGAAUAUGAGGAAGUAGAGGACAAAACGGUUAUGGCCAUGGGCAUCUUGCACACAAUUGACACAAUCCUGACAGUUGUGGAAGAUCACAAGGAGAUCACUCAACAGCUCGAGAGCAUUUGUUUACAGAUCAUUGGCCUUGUUUUGCAGAAACAUGUGAUAGAGUUUUAUGAAGAAAUUCUUUCCUUGGCCUUCAGCUUAACAUGCCAGAUGAUUUCACCUCAGAUGUGGCAGCUUUUAGGUGUUCUGUACGAGGUUUUCCAGCAGGACUGCUUUGAAUACUUUGCAGAUAUGAUGCCUCUCUUGCAUAAUUAUGUGACCAUUGACACUGAUACUUUACUGUCUAACCCAAAGCAUUUAGAAAUCAUUUACUCUAUGUGUAAAAAGGUACUGACAGGAGAUGCAGGAGAAGAUGCAGAGUGCCAUGCAGCCAAACUCCUAGAAGUGAUUGUUCUUCAGUGCAAAGGACGGGGUAUUGACCAGUGUAUUCCCCUCUUUGUGGAGGCUGUUCUGGAGCGCUUGACUCGAGGAGUUAAAACAAGUGAGCUCCGUACCAUGUGUCUUCAAGUUGCCAUAGCUGCACUCUACUACAAUCCUGACCUACUUUUGCACACCUUGGAGAACAUCAGAUUUCCACACAAUCCUGAGCCCAUCACUGCACAGUUCAUAAACCAGUGGAUGAAUGACACAGACUGUUUUUUUGGACUCCAUGACAGAAAGAUGUGUAUAAUAGGACUGAGCAUCCUAAUGGAAUUGCAGAACCGACCACCUGCAGUGGAUGCUGUGGCUGCCCAGAUUGUUCCUUCAAUCCUCCUCCUCUUCUUGGGCUUAAAACAAGUGUGCGCCUCACGAGAGCUCACAGAACACGAGGAUCAUGCUAAAGAUGAAAAACACUUUGCAGAAGAUAAUGAAGAGAUACCGAGCGAUGAGGAUGAGACAAAUGAAGUGAGCCAGGCAAUGCAAGAGAACCAUGGUGGAGGAGGAGGUGGCAGUGCUGGAGGUGGAGAGGAAGAGGAUGAGGAUGAUGAUGAUGAUGAUGACUGGGAUGAAGAUGCAUUGGAGGAGACUGCUCUUGAAGGGUUCAGCACACCUCUUGACCUUGAAAAUGGUGUUGAUGAAUACCAGUUUUUUACACAAGCACUUCUGGCGGUGCAGAGCCGGGAUGCAGCCUGGUACCACUCCCUGACUGCACCACUGAGUGAGGAUCAGAAGAAACAGCUGCAGGAGAUCUACACAUUAGCAGAGCACCGGAGGACUGCUGCAGAGACUAAGACAAUAGAACAACAAAGUGGCUACACAUUUGACAACAAAGGACUGAUCACAGCAUUUAAUUUUGCUGGAAAUACUCCCGGUGGCAACUGAAGGAUUGGCUACAAAGGUCAAUGGGAAGGGUCUCAUCAUUACAGUUUCUUGAAAUCAUCGUGACUUCUGAGUGAUAGGGGAGGGUAAUUUAAUGCUGCUGAAGGUUUCUGGGAAAUAGCAGUGUGCUUCCCCCACCAGAAUGCUCUUUCUAACCAGCUACUGUAAGGUACAAAUUCUUGUGGUGUUUUUAUAAUUUGAUGGACUGAAAGGAAAUGUUCGUCCUCAAGGAACCUGGAUGACUGGGAGGGACUGGGCUGCAUCUAAUUGAGUUGCACUUCUCAGGUUUUUGCUGUGCAGAAUUGAUAGAUUCGUAUGGAUAACAGUGCCUUCUGUUGUACAUGGAUUGCCUGAACAAAUGGAUUUUGGAGUGCAUUAUAAUUUUUUAAGUGUAAGGACAUUUCUUGAUACACUGUAAGCCUUGGUUCCAUGUUUUCCAAUCACCUGCUUUUUACUGCUCAGUUUAAUUGUUUGUUGGUUGCAUACAAAUUGCUGGAUUCACAAUAUUAGCACACCUUCCCUAUUUGGUGCAGACCAAAUGUAUAGAGAGAGGUGUCUGUUGGAGUUUCAGAGCAAACACUGGUUAUGUCAAAGGGUCUUAACAAAAUGGCAGAUUUUCCCUUGAUGCAGUAGUCUUAAAUUAUUUCUCUUAGCCAUGAAUUCAAUUUGCUUGAGUUACAGUGGCUUGCCUAGCAGGUGGCUACCCUAAAUCUACAUCAAUAUUAGCUCCUGCCUGGACAAAUGGUGUGUCCCUCUCAUGUAGAUGUUCUACAUGACAGCUUAUUUCUGCUAUUAUUGAUGAAUAUUGGCUUAUACAUGGGAUAAUCUCUUCUGUUUUUUUUUAUUCAUUACCAUUCCAGUGGUAGUACUGAAUAAUGUGGUACAAAAUAUUUGCAAUAUUUUAUUUAUUUUGAUAGAAGAAGAACAGCUUCAAACUUACUUCUUACUGUUACACUCUGUGAUUGUAUUUCUGGUCUGCAUUGCAGUUGGUUAUUCUUGUUCCAUGCUAAAAUUUCUUCUGCCAGAUUUUUUUCCUGAAUUUUGAAGGCUGGUUUCACCACUGGAGGUUUAGACUAGAUAUUAGGAAUUAUUUCCUCAUGAGAAGGGUGGUCACACGCUGAGACAGGUUGCCCAGGGAAGUGGGAAGAAUGAACAUCCCUGGAAGUGUUUAAGCAACACGUAGAUGUGGCACUUAGGGACAGGGUUUUGCAGUGAACACGGGGUUAACAGUUGUACUUGAUGACCUUAAAGGUCUUUUCCAACCUAAAGAGUUCUAUAGGACAAGGUGUUUGUGGAGAAGUUCAUUUAGAGAGGAAGUGAUAGCAGUACUAAUUUGAAUAGGUGCCCCUCCUUUAGGUCUACUGGGAUCACAGUGGUGUAGCAAAAAGCUGUAGGGGUGCUUUAGAAUGUGAACUUUGGAUUGGAGAUAAAAUGUUUAGACCAGAUUUUGUCUCUGUGUUAAUUUCUUUAUGAUUUAAAAAUAUUCACCAAUCAGUUUUUAACACAUACUAAUAAUCUAUUUCUUUACAGCAGUGUCCCAAAUAAAAAGUCAAAGUCUUUCCCAUACCCCAUCAAAUUUUCCAAAACUACAGUAAAUUACAGACUGCUGGCUCUGUCAGUGCUGAAGCUUUCAUUUUGUUAUUAUUUUGUGAAUCUGAUAAAUCUGAAGCAUUCUGUGCCUUGGCUUCUGGAAAAGGCCAGAGGAUCUCUGCCCAUUCCUUCUGGAAUUUUCCUGGCCUGGCAGCUGUGGGGCAGAAUGUUCCCUACACUUUCCUGUUUCCUGCACCUUUUUGUCAGACUCUAAGGCUGUUUCUGUGCUGCUGCUUCCUCUUUAUUUUUUUUUUCCCUUCCUCUCCCCAGCAGCUACAGAGUAAAGUUGGCCUGGUUCAUGUAGGUUUUUCACUGAUGCUGCUUAGUUCAUAGCACAGUGAAAAUGUCUUGUUUUUAGGCCUGUUGUACAUGUGGAAAUUGUGAGAAUUCCAGGGUCUGUAUUUCUAAAAAAGAAUGGUCUGUUGAGCUGCACUGGACAGGCUCUUUAAGGUCAGGCAGAAGAGGGCCAAGAUAUCCUUUGAAUGGGAUAUACAAUAUUUUGAAUGUCAGUUUAUGAAAAUUACAGGUCACUUGCUAAUUUAGGCCUGGGAGUGUACUGACUGAGACAGUAAGUAGGAGAGCAGUACAUCCAGUUUGUUGGGGAGUUUAUCAGAAACCACAGAAGUUUUGAAAUCAUUCAUGAAUUUAAGAAAUAGUUUUUGGAAGUUAAGGGCAUUGGUGACUUCUCUCUUACCUGUCAAUUGAAGUUAGGUAUUAGGCAGGUAAACUGUUUAAGUCCUUUAUUAUUUUAUUAAAAGAAACAAGAUUGUCAAGUUGGGUUUCUUUCAAAGCCCAUUUGCCUUCUCUAUACUGGUGUGCAGAGUAGAAAAUGGAUUUAUUUUUCUUCUGCUAAUGAGGUUGCUUGCACUCUCACAGGCUUAUAUUUAGGAGUUGAUGUGUUCAAGGUAAAAUCUGCUUUUGCAUAGCAUCAUCUUGGUGUCACUAAGCUGAACUAUGGCUGCUCCCUAGUUCUGCUUCUUGUAUACUUUUCAAAUCAGCUGCCAAGAAAAUUUCAUCCAGAUGUUUCAUACAAGAGUUUAAUCAGCAUUGUGGAGUUGGGAAUCUUUGUUGUCUAUUUUGCAUUGGGGUCAGAGAUGUCUGAGGGAAUGGCAUGUAAAAACGUUAAAUGCCUUUCCCUUCCCAGAAGAUUCAUGAGCAAAUGUUUCUACUGGCAAAAGCAAAUGUUAAUUAUUUUAUUCCUUUUUUUUUUUGAAAAGGGUUUUAAUCCAAAAAAAUUUAUUGGGCUCUGGCCUCCACUUUAACAUAUGGUUCUCUUUUAACAUGAUAAAUACCCAUUUGUACAUGAUCAUAAAUAGGUAAUGGAUUUUAGGUGUUUCUUUCUGAGCUGUGUCCAGCUUUGUACUACAUUAAAGGGAGAGUACCACAAAUGUGCAUUUACUGUCUCACUUUGAACCGAGGUAAUCGUGGAAUAUCAGAUAUCAGCACUGCCAACCAAGCAUGAUGUAUUUGCCAUUGGAAGGAUAGAGAAUCAUGAAUGUAUUGCAAAAUAAAACAAAGGGUGAUAACUGGUGACUUACGUUGCCCCAUGCCCAUAAUCCCAAAGUGUAAAGAUGAUCUGUGUGGGCACCACAGUGGCUUUACAUAGGAAAUUAGUGUAAUGGAGGUUGUAAUCAUAGCAAAUGGGAACUUACAUAAGCUGCUUUUCCAGAUAAAAUUAACUGAUCCUGGGUGUUGAACUGCAUAUGCUGUUUUGUCACUUGUGAAACGAAAAUAAGAAUCGCCACGUGUUUUGGCUGCCUCUUUUUGCUGUCUCUCUUUCAGAACUGAAGUACAUUGCUUGCUUUUAUUACAAAGCAGAAUCUUUAAUCACAAUGGCCAGCUCCAGGAAGAGUGCAGAAUAUCAAGCUGAGGAAAAGGCUGGAAAACCCCAAACCUCAACAGUCCCCCAAAACCCACAUGUGCACAAUCUGACUGAAAUGAAUGUACUUUGGGAGUGUUAAUUCAAAACAUUUAAAGAAUGUCACACAAAAUGAUAUUGUGAGAUUCUUUGCUUUAGGGAAAAAGGCUGCCUGUGGGGUGUGAGGGAGCCAUGAAAUGCUCUGCUUUAGGACAUGCCCUUUGCCUGUGAAGUCCUGGCAGUUUGUGGCUCUGGAUUCCAUCAUACAUUGCAGAGGAGAGAUGGUAGGACAGUAGAGAUUUUUUUUCCUUACUACAAAGUCAGAGUCUGUCUUGAGAUUGUCUUGAGCCAAAGGAAUUGUAGACUACAUGAAUGAUUAACUGUCCUGUUUCCAUAAUGCUUUCCUGUCUUUUUCUUUCCUCCUUUUCUUCUUUUGUCAGCCACAAUGUUAUUGGAUAUUUCAGGGAGUUUUCAAAAGACCUGAAAAUGUAAACCUUAAGCAAUUUUUAUAAAAUCUUUUUCUUGAAGCAAUGCAAUUUAUCAGUUGCAUUUCUUGCUGUAGAACAGUCUCCUCAUUUGACAUACACAUAUGAUACAGAACUUCAAAAGCCCCUCACUUGUGCCUAUGGUUUGAUGAGCUUUUUUGUGAUUUACUCCUUAAUAUGGGCACUUUGAAAUCCCCAUACCUUGUACUGAAAUUUGCUCAAAGGAUAGGCAAAAAUGCACUAUGUAAUGGAGUACCCAGUCCUCAUCCUGAGAUAUGCCCCAGUCAAUCUUUUGUUAAUAUUUGGCAGUCUGGUGGUCAGUUCCUCAAGGAUCUCUGUCUCUGACCGAGGACAUUGUUCAAGUCCAAGAGGCUGUCUCUGCAGGUAGGCAGAGAAUUGAUUUUCCCUCACUGCAGAAAAGCAUACAGCAGGCAUGGCUAUGAACUUCAUGAUCUUAGGAGUGAAAAUAGCAUUCUUUUCUCUGGGAUAUCAGGUUUUAACCCAGGUGGGUGGGAUACAGUAGAGUUGCAUGUUCCCAUUGUGUUUAAGGAAGCCAGACACUAUUCCAGAUACCAAAAAGUCUCAGCAUAAAACCAUAUCAUAAAGGGGAUGUGUGAGGAGGCCAAGCUGCUUGCUUUGGACACCUCUUCCACUGCUACUUCUUUUGUUAAACUAGUCAGGGAAAACCAGUGAAAAAUGAAAGAAAAUUAAAGCAGUGCUUGGGCACUGGACAGGCCAAAACUUUCCUGGUCUGUGGAUCUAUUUCUGAUACUCACUGCAAAUACACACAAGUACUCUUCAAAUCCAAUGUGCAUCAUCUGUAUGGAUGUCAGUACCCUGACUGACAGCCAUGCAUGAGAGGUGAAGACUUAAUGUGAUUUUUCUCUGGCAGAAAUCAGAUGCAUCCCUUUAAAACAUCUGGGAACUGCUUGUCCUGAUUGAUAUGCAAUCACCAACAUGAGACACUCAGUGGGAUUACAGUCUUAAAGAUGAUCAGCAUGCCUCCUAAAGGGCUACUGAAAGUGUUCUUUGUCUAGGGAGCUGGCAGAUGAACUGCUCUUGGACUAGAAGAGUUUUGGAGAACAGCAAUUCAGAGAGAAUCUGCAGACAGAUGUUGUUGUGAUGAAUUGGGAAAGGAUCCAUCUAAAUUGAGGGGAUGCUUUUGAUAUGAUCUGAGAUCUGCAGCAUUCCCUAUGUUGCCUAGGUCUUUUAGAGCAGCAUCCAAGAACUUUUUCCCAUGCCUGCCUUUGAGAAGAGAAUGUGCUUGGGCAGCCCCAAAUUUCGUGCAGUGCUUUGAACUUGAGAUCAGAAAACAAUUUUGAUUACAAGUUGUUCAUAACAGAAAAAUGAGGUGGAAGUGGUAUAUUAAUGCUAGAAUUCUCUUUGUAGGCUGUAUAAAGGUUCACAGUUUGAGAGUUUGGCUCUGUUCAUGGUGGGGUAGGAGUUGAACUUCCAGAUGCAUGGAUUUCUCAAAUGUGAACACAGCAGUGUCAGCUGCAGGAUUCACCUGAGACAGUGUCAGUCAGGGGCUGCCUGCUGGACCAUCUGGAUUAUGUUACAUGAAGUGAAAUGCAAAAACUGUGAAACUACUUGAUAGUUAAAGCUGUUGAGCAACAAAAAUUUUCUUGAAAUGAGAUUUUAAUAUUAUUCUCAGGUAUGUUUUAAUUUUCGUGUUUUGUGCCCUUAUACAAAAUGUAAAAUUACUGCAGAACAUAGAGGCCUCUUCAUUUCUCACAGAACUGUUUACCAUUGAAGGUGUUUAUCCAGGAAUUGUUCCUCAUUUUUAGGUAUUUUCGACAUGUUUGUUAGUGAAAUUGCACAUAUCCUCUUUCACCACUUUUCAUGCACAGAAAUCUUGGAAAUGAACUUAACAAAAGGAAGAACAGUGCUUUGAAAAGAGAAGAUUAUGCAUAAGCAGGUUAUUUUUAGAAAACAGAAGAACUGUGGCUUCUGAAGAAAAUAUGAAACCGUCACUAUUUAUACAAAAGUGCAUGAGGUAAAGAAAUUAAUGUAAGAUAAUACAAGCAAGACAUGCUCUUUGAUCACAGCUGUAAUGUUUAUUUUUCAUUGCCAAACAAUGUGUGACACUUACUUUUGAUUGCAUGUGCUGUUGGAAUAACGCCUAACAUGAAUCACAUGAAAUAUUUUGGGGGCUCAAAAAGAGACCAAAGAGGCCAUGCACAUUUCUUUUGAUACCAAAAGCAAGGAGAUGAGCCCAGGACUGCUGUGACUGGAGGGAGCCUGCUAUGUGCUACAUUAGCAGAUUGAGUUGCAGGAUCAUCACCUUUGUAAAAAGCCUGAAAUACCAAACUGUGGGCUUUGAGGGCAAGAACUGACAAAUGCAAAGCAUGCAUUGAUGACAAGAAGAACCUCUUCCUAGCUUAAAGAAUUCUGUACAGUGUUCUCUUAAGCUGUGCUGAAUUUGCUUUAAAAACAGUAAUAAAUCUUAUUGCUUAGGUCGAA